AUGGAUAAUAAUUCAAGUGACAUUACUGAUGAAUUAUUGUAUUUGCCAGGAUACGUUCGCAGGAAUUUAUUAUUAAUACGUGAUUUAGAUUUAAAAUCUAGCUCGUUAUUUAAUGAAGCUAACAAAUUAUCGGAGACUUUAUUUAAUGUAGAAAAUAAUAAAAAGGUUGACACUAAGACCAAGAAAUUGGUUGAGAACCCGAAGUCAACUUUGAUUGCCAAUAAAGCACUUUUUGAUGAUAUACAGAAUUUGAGGAUUAAAGGAAUUUACUAUUUACAAGAGAAAAUAGACGUGAAUACACAGAUUGCAACAAUGUUAAAGUAUGAAUAUGAGAAUCUAAAGUCGAAAUUCGACCAGUUAUACUCCGAUAUGGAACUAAAAGGACAAAUACCUCACGAUUUAAAGCUUUUCACUAGUAGUAAGAGUAGAAAUUUUAUGUUCAAUAAUCAUGUAAUGACUAACGGGAAGGAAAACGCUGGGAAUAAUAACGCAGGUGAAAAUUUAGGAAUUGAUAACACAUUUGAAGGAGAAAGCUUUGAAGUCGAAAACCCACUUGAUGUGUUUGAUGAAGUUGUUGAUAUGGCUGAAAGUUAUAUGGAAAAGGAGUCACAGACGGGUAACAUACCUGAAGAAGAUUUAGCUGAUAAUGUUUCAUCUGCAAGUUUCAGAGAAAAGGUAUAUAGCCAACUUGAUAUCACAAAAAUGUUCAAUAACGUCAUUAAUCAACAGGCAAAUAAAAAGUAG